AUGGCCAUCUGCAUCUGGAGAGGCCUCCGCAGUCCCAAUCUAGCACAGAAGACCCGGAAGAUUCCUGGAGAUCGUCUACAUUUCACAUUGUGGUCAAUAAGGAUCCCUUGUGAGCAUGGCGCAGCGAGGAGCGUGCGGGCCGCGGCCUGCUGCCUGCGCUCUGCCCUGGCGCCCGCUGCCCGGUGCCCUUCGCGACCCUGGGGGCUGCAGGUCGGCGCCAGCAGGUCGCUGCGCAGGGGACCCGCUCUGCUCUCCGUGCGUAGAUUCACAGAGAAACAUGAAUGGAUAACAACAGAAAAUGGUAUUGGAAAGGAGGGAAUCAGCAAUUUUGCACAGGAAGCUUUCGGAGAUGUCGUUUACUGUAGUCUGCCUGAAGUUGGGACAAAAUUGAAAACGCAAGAUGAGUUUGGAGCUUUGGAAAGUGUCAAAGCCACAAGCGAGCUCUACUCUCCUGUGUCUGGAGAGGUAACUGAAGUCAACGAAGCACUUGCAGAAAAUCUAGGGCUCGUCAAUAAAUCUUGUUAUGAAGAUGGGUGGCUGAUCAAGGUGACACUAAGCAACCCUUCUGAACUGGAUGAACUAAUGAUUGAAGAAGCCUAUGAGAAAUACACGAAGUCUAUUGAGGAGUGA